AUGAGCCAAGCUGCCGAUCUGUUUAAGCUGAGCCAAGUGCCUAUCAUCUCAAUUUCGGCCUCACAGUCUCUUAACGCCUCUGAGAUCUCCCGGCAGCCUAUCCCGACAGGACUGCCGCAUCUUGAUCAAGCACUGGAUGGCGCGACUGUAGACCGACCUGGUGGGCUGCUGCGUGGUCAGAUUACGGAGGUAUUUGGGCCACCAGGAGCGGGAAAGACAUCAUUAGCAAUGAAUAUCGCAUCACAUGCGCUCCGUGAAGGUGGAAAAGUCGUCUGGAUCGACACAAGCGCUCCAAUUCCAAUGUCUCGACUCCAAGUACUAACUCCCUCCUUAUCAAACUUUCAUUACUUCCGCACCCCUACCCUCCCGCACCUCCUAUCCCUCCUAAUGCACCCCCCAAAAGACUUCCCACCACCAGAAACCUCUGUCAUGAUAAUUGACUCCAUCUCUGCUCUAUCCCCCUCCUACUUCCCCACCGCAUCAGAGCUAAAAGACAAACACCAAAAAGGCAAGAUAAAGGACAAAGCACAACUACAAUGGCUCUUAAAUCGGAGGUGGAAUGUUUACUCUGAUUUUGCAACCCAUCUCACUCGCUUCGCGAAUCAGGGUGUUGCCGUGCUGGCGAUUAAUCAGGCUCAUGUGAAGAUUAAGGGACAACCGCGUGCGACGUUGUAUCCUAUUUUUGCUGGUGCCGGCUGGGAAAAACAUGUGAUGACGCGCAUUUCUAUUUAUCGGGAUUUACCCGAUAAGCGGUUUAUGGAGCUUACGAAGAAGGGUGGGAAGGUUCUUCUUGUUAGAAAGGGGGAGAAUAUCAUUCCUUUUCAUAUUGAAGACGAUGGUCUUCGCCAAUGGGCUACUGUUGUUGAUCGGAGGUCUUUUGAUUUGAAACACUCUUUACAGUCAAGUCAGACAUUGCAGCAGACUCAGCCUACGCCGUGUCGGAAACGGAAAGCAACUGAUGAGAUUGCCGACAGUCAGGAUGAGGACUCGGAGGAUGAAUAUGACUGGAACGAGGCCUCUCUGAUUGAGGUGAACAAAGACAAGUGA